GUGACACCCAGUCUAACCGCGGUAUGUCUCUACACUCACUAAAGUAGUAAUUAACGAGAUCUUCAUGUGUCAACUCGGGGGAUUCAGUGAGCAUCUUCAAGACUGAACUGUGAGACUUGUGAACUGAAGCUUCGAUGUCAACUGAGAGUGAAAGUAGCCAAGGAAAACACAAUAUAAGUGACAUUCCCAAUGAAUAUGGCAAUACUAGUGUGGAUUCGGAUGCCAGUGAAUAUCAAGAACUACGUGAAAAUGGUGUCCAAUCUCCAUCCACGUGUAUUGCCAGCAGUUGGAAGAUGAAUUACCACGAAGCUUCGAUAUUCUUAGAGGAAGGUGAAAACAAUGACAAAUUCAACAGCCAUCCACGGGAUCGAAGGGCUCUUCCUGCCUACAUUGUUACGCACAACCACUGGUUUUAUUCUCUGGACCUGUUUGCUGCUCUUCUCCUCAUGUCUCUGGCAACUGUAGAGCCUCCAGCUGUCUUUCCAGGAGUUGCAGUAGGUGUCCAUGGUUCUGUUGAGCUGUUUGGGCUCCUCCUGCUUGGAAUAUCCAUAUUCAUGCAGCUACGGUGGCUAGGAAUUCGUACGUUCGUAAAACAUAAACGCUCCCUGCUUAAAUCUCUAAUCUUGGUGGGGAUGAUCAUCGAGGCAAUAAUUGUGAUUGCUAGAAAUGAUACCAAGUAUCGUGUUACUCGAGCGCUACGUCCCAUCUUCUUCAUCGAUAGCAGAUAUCUGGGGGGUGUACGCAGAUUUCUUCGACAAAUUCUGCAGUCUGUGCCGCCAAUUCUUGAGGUGUUGGGGAUAUUAUUUUUCGUCCUCGUCAUCUUCUCCACGCUGGGAUUUUAUUUCUUCAGUCCCAAUAAAGAAAAUCCAUAUUUUACGACAUUCCAACAAGGAUUUGUUUCUCUAUAUGUUCUCCUGACUACUGCCAAUUUCCCAGAUGUGAUGAUGCCGGCGUAUGCCAAGAACCGCUGCAGUGCUGCUUUCUUCAUCUUGUUCUUGGCUGUCAAUCUCUACUUCUUGAUGAAUCUGAUGCUUGCUGUGGUGUUUGUAGUAUUUAGUGACAUUGAGAAGGAUAAAUUUAGAAAACUGCUGGUUCAUAAGAGGAGGGCGUGUCAGUAUGCCUUCCGUCUGCUGGUGACCAGGACGCAGCCCACACACAUUCCUUUCCGACACUUUCGGGGUCUCCUCAGAUUCUUCAGGCCUAGUACUAGUGAUCGAGAUGCUUACCUUGUAUUUAAAGCUUUAAAUCGCUCUGAAUCGGGAGUUUUAUGCCUUUCCGAGUUCUACAAUAUUUAUGAAAUUUGUGAUUUUAAGUGGAAGCCUUACCAGCCACCAGACCCGUGGUUUAGUGGACUUCCCGAUCCUGUUCGUAGUUGCUUCUACCUCAUUCGAAGACUCGUCACCUGGAACCUGUUCAAAGUUCUUGUAUAUGUGGUGAUUAUGCUUAAUGCCAUAACUCUUCUUCUGAAGACUAUUCUCCUCUCAAUGAGCGACACGCCCGUCUCGCACGACCUUCACGUGACAUGGGACCAGGUAGCUUUUGUUACGUUUUAUGGUGUAGAGGCUGCCUUGAAAAUAAUUGGGCUUGGAUACAGACGGUACUUCCACUCUGGUUGGAAUAUUUAUGAUUUCUUUAUUACAAUAUUGUCAAUAGCUGGACUCGUUGCAGAGAAAUUUUCCUCGUCGUUCUUUUAUAUUGUUAUCCUAAGACCACUACGGCUCCUUCGGUUGUUUCGGAUGAGAAAGCGAUAUAGAGAUGUCUUCCAGACUUUAGUCAUCCUGACGCCUCGUAUUAUAUCUGCCAUUGUCGUCAUCAUCAUCAUCUACUACUUCUUUGCAGUCAUAGGGAUGGAGCUGUUUUCUAAUUAUGAUAUGAAGAAUUGUUGUGUGAACACAACAGUAGAACAGUUCUACAAGGAUGACAACACAACCGUGUAUGUAAAUUAUUAUUACCUCAACAACUUCGAUAACAUUUUCAUAGCAGGAGUUACACUGUUUGAACUGACAGUGGUUAACAACUGGUUUAUCAUUAUGGAAGGUUAUGCAGCGGUGACAAAUGACUGGGCGAGACUGUACUUCAUGCUCUUCUACCUGGUUAUGAUGGUUGUCAUGUCUGUUGUUGUUGCCUUCAUCCUAGAGGCAUUCACAUUCCGCAUGGAGUACAACCAGACUGUGCAGGCAGAUAAGGAUGGAGAUGAAGAAAAUGUAUGUAUUAAUGUGAAACUGACAAAAGAAGAACUGAGAUUUGUGUACAGUGAUGCUGCAGACACUCCGACUCUCCAACAGUAUGCCAGUGCUUUAGAAGCUCAGGGAACUGUUAAGUAUGAAGGCACACGAAGGAGAACAAGAGUUGUACUUCAGCGUCGAAUGUAUCGAGAUGAAAUUCCCAGAUGGUUGUUGGAUUCAGAUAGAGGACACCAAGACAGCCCAGGAUUGCCUGCCCUCCCGAUUAUGUUGAGACGACCGUCAGAGCCUGUGGCUGUAAGCACUCCAGUAAGACCCGAGAACUUCCACCAAAGUUUACCUUCUUAUUAUGGUACUCUAGAUGCAAGUGCUUCCACACAAAGCCAAAGAAAUGAAGUAUAGUAUUGAUAGUUAUGUAAUUUUAUUGCUGAAUUUUACAUUUUUAUAAUGCAUAUCUUUUAAUAUAUUUCUUGUUAGUGUAUAUAAUUAUUGAGCACGUGAUUGAUGAAAAUAGUGCGUGUGCGCUGUAUAACGUAACACAUUGUAUUGCAGAUAUAAAACAGCAUGUCUAAGAAUAGAUUUGUAUUUUUGUAUGUAUGGAUUGGAUAAAUUACUUAUCAAGCAAGAUUCUUAAGUGCCAUCUGUUUUUGGAAGUGAACAAGCAUAGCUGAAUUAUAAUACUCAAAACCUGACAAAUUUAUACUUUUGUAGGAUGCGUUUAAUAUGCAUCUGAUCAACCUUUUUGUGUCUCCAAAUCUACCAACCUUCAAGUGUUUAGGACUGUUUGUAUGGUUAGUACUCUCUCUUCUUGUAUGUUUUUGAUUGAAGUCUGAAAUUUGACUCUCUUUUAUUUUCUUAUUUAAAUGUUUGUGAUAUUAGUCUCAAGUGCUUUGGGCAGGAUGUUUUAAGUUUCUAAAUUUUGUUUAAAGCCAAUUUAAAAUAAUACUCAAAUCAUAUUUUUUUUGUUUCAAAAUUUUAGUUAUGAUGGCUGUAAUGAUGGUAACUACUAGUGUUGAGUGACAAAGGGCAUCUUAUAGAAUCUGGAGCCAAGUUAUUUUGGGUUCAUGACCUGAAGGUACAAAAGUUGGUAAACAAAAUAUUUGGGAUAAUUUUAUACAAUGGAGACAGUUUGAAUAGCAGAAAAAAUGAGGAGUGUCUCAUGAUAUUUCCAGGGGUAAUGGCAUAAACAUUGGUCAAGUUAAAGUUCCGAUCGAGUUGAAUGGGAAUAGAUAUUUAAGACUGGGAUUGGUUAGGGAAUUGAACAUAAGAAAUGAGAAUGGUGACAAACAAUGAGGUGCCAUACAACAUUGGGUUAUAGAGUUUUAAAAAGCCACUUGACUUAAGACUUUGUAGGCUAUAAAUGAAAGAUCUCUUGGUAAUCCAACACUGCCUAUUACCAUGGAGAUGAAUCAGUAAAAUAGAUGAAAUAGAUAUGAUUGUAGUUAUAAAUUCUGUACAGAAAUUGUAAUUUUAAAUAAUUUGACUUUUAAAUGAAAAUAUUUGUAUCAUAUGUCUUUCCUCGGAGGGCAUGCAUCUCUCUCUUUUAAUUUGAUCUGAUGGAAAUUCUAGUUCCUUUUUAAGUUUGAUUAGCAGUUCAUGAAUAUUAAACUGUACUCCCUAGGAGAAUUAAGUAUGACAAUUUUGGCAUAGAUAAUUGUGUGAAUGCUGUAUGAAAAAAUAAAAUAAGUAAACUGAA